UUUGGAUUCAGUCAUUUUGGUGCAAUUGAGUGCAACUGGAAAUCUGCUCCGCAAGUGUGGAUGCGGGCGGCAUGGUGGUGCAGUGGUUAGCACUGUUGCCUCACACCUCUGGGACCCGGGUUCAAGUCUCCGCCUGGGUUACAUGUGUGCGGAGUUUGCAUGUUCUCCCCAUGUUGUCGUGGGGUUUCCUCUGGGUACUCCGGUUUCCCCCCACAGUCCAAAAACAUGCUGAAGCUAAUUGGAGUUGCUAGAUUGCCCAUAGGUGUGCAUGUGUGAGUGAAUGGUGUGUGAGUGUGCCCUGCGAUGGGCUGGCCCCCCGUCCUGGGUUGUUCCCUGCCUCGUGCCCAUUGAUUCCCCCUACAACCCAGUAGGAUAAGCGGUUUGGAAAAUGGAUGGAUGGAUGAAGUGUGGAUGCAUUAAGACAAAGAAAAGUCAAUUUUUUUUACAUCUUGGUCUAUACUCAGACUUGAUUUAAACCUUUCAUAGUUUCACUGAUGUCAGUUACAAGACGAGGUAAUAUCCAAGCGCAUUGCUAAUAGGCAUAGCAUUUUACUGUAAAACAAGACUGCCGCUCUCAAUAUUAUUUCCCAAAUAAUGGUGUUUGCUGGGAAAGAGGAUCCUAUUUCUGGUAAUUAGCCAAUGAAAUGUGGAGGGGGAUUAUGUUUAAAUACUAAGAGCAAAGAUCCAAUUAAUAUUUUGACAGCAACUUUUGUUCUUGUAGGACACAUGGAGCAUAAAUCCCGUGGGGCUGGGUUAACUGGAGCACAAACUGGUUAAACAACAUCAGUAGAUGGUCAGCUAAUCUAAGCCAGUUGGUGAAGGUAUAGUGUGAUGCUAUAUUACAGCACAGCUUUUUGCAGAGCUAUGAACUGAUAUGUAAUGCUUAUAGAUUAUAAUGACUGAGAUCUGUGACCAAGUUCAUAUGGACUUUGCCUUCAGUAUUAAAUAUGAAUGGGCGUUUGGUGUUGAGCGGCCGUUUUAGGUUUGCUUUCAGCUAAUCUGUGGGAAUUCAGAAAAAUUACCACAAACCGGCUUUUCAGCUCAGCUGGUUGAUUUAUGGGAACCAGUAUGCUAAUGAAACGCGAUGUCAUGAGAAAAUUGCUUUAAACUCCCCGUUUAUGAUGUGCUCCCCACAAGGUAAUGAACUCCAUAGCCUCUAAGGACCGUACGUCCCACCCAGCUGUCAGGACAUGAACAAAAUGCUAUGAUAAUUAGAAAAUAACAGGUGUUGUAUCGUUUUGUCCCCAUGCACCUAAAGUAAGGUAUCUGUUAUCUUAUAAUUUUUUCCAAUACAGUUGAAAAUUUAACUUUUUUUCUGGUUCCUAGAUCAUCUGCACAUUAUAUAUUGAUAGGUUUUAAAUAAAUAUCAUGUAACACAUGAAUGCAGCAAAAUGUAGAUUUCUCUAUAAAAAUGGUAUUCAGUAUAAAUAUUAAAGGAAUCAUAAGAGAAAGUUAGUGACCAUAGUAUAAGGCAAAAAUUAGAUGCCCGCGUUACGGAAGUCUUUGAAGUUAAGGUGUCAUUUUAACUGAAUUUAAUUGAGGCGACCCUGUGCCAGUUCCAGUAAAUGGUCCCAUUAGAAUAGCACUGGUAAGUCCCGACAAUUAUAGCAGCACAAACGUGUCACAAAACGUCUGGACGCACAGCUGAGUGUAUGUGUAAUGCAACUAUAUAUUUGCUUUAGCUCGAUGUGAAAGCGUUGCCUGUCACUUACACCUGCGUUUGUCGAUCAGUAGCAAAAUGGGCUUAUUGAGUGACACGACACUCAAACGUUGUUGGCUGCAUCCACCGAAAGGAGGUGGGACAUUUCUGAAUUCAGCCACCCUAUUGGACAAAAAUCGCGUCUAUUACAACGACGUGAGCUGUACCUCUAAAUAUCCGAAGUUGGCGAAAAGAAAACGUAGAUACUAACGUGGAGUCCAGAAGAGCGCAGUGUGUGAUCGAUGGUGCGAGACCGCUAGAGGGCGAUGUCAGACCACAGCAUUAGUACAAAUAGCACCGGAUCUAGCAACAGCUGGACCGUGCUCACUCCAGAUGCAAAUGGGGCUGCAGUUGAAAAUCUAGGCCCUCAGGAAGAUAGGAGGGGGAGUCUCACUGAUGUGUCCAGCCUUUCGGAGGAAGCAUCCGGGGCUGUGGCAGGAGGGGAGGUGCCGGGGGAAGGCGGCCGUUCUGAAGAGGGUCUCCAGGUGUGUCAGGAAUCCACCCCCGAGAGUGACCAUGGCUCUGCCCCUCCCAGCCCCACCUGCUUAACCCCGUCUCCAUCCAGCCACAUUCCGUUACUCUCAGAUGUCAGGAGCUAUGGGCCUACAGUCCUGGAACAGGAAACCCACACAGUCUCCGGUCUCACUCCCCCCAGCUGCUAUACAGAUACUUAUGCCGAUGCCUAUGCCCAUGUGCCCGUGGGCUCUUUCCCAGAAUCCAGUGUCCUGGUCACAGGGGAGGGGGUUGAGCAGCUGCAGGAAAAUGAGCAGUCAGAGCUGGCUAAGAAGGUCUCAGAAGUCGGAAAGCAAGCAGUGCGGUUGGUGGAUCAACUGGUCGAGGACAUGUUCCUUAUCUGGGGAAGGAGGCUGACUGGACUGAGAGUCUCUGAUACGCAUUAUGACUCUGAGCUGGGGGAGUCUGCACAGACUCAGGGGGACCGGCUGAGGCGGAGGAAAGUACACCCCCUCGGUCCCUUGGACAAAGCGGAUGAGGAGGAAGAGGAGGAAGAAGAGUUCAGGCCCAUCCAGAGAGACCAAGAUGGUGGUCCGCUGUCUCUGAACAAGUGCAUUGUGGCUGCCCUCCUGCUGCUUGGUGUGGGCACCCUGCUGUUCUCAGGUGUGGUCGUGGACCUGGAGGACGAGGAGAACGUCGAACAUAGGGAGCUGACAAACUCGGAGGUGCCUUCGCUCCAGGAGUGGCUGAGCUCAGAGGCGGAGGCCUUGAGGAGUCAGGAGAUGGCACAGCUUGUAGAUAAGCUGGCCCAUGAGAACCAGGAGAUCACAGUCCUUCAGGCCCAGCUCCAGGCUCAGACAGAGGAGCUUAACCUGGCACUGCGGCGAGCAGAAGAGGGAGGUAAGGAGCUGGCAAGGAAGGAGGAGCUAGAGAAGGAGAACGAGAGGAUGAGAGCGGAGCUGUCCAACAUGCCCGAUCUGCAGAGGGAGCUGGAGACCCUGAGAGCCAGAGUGAGCGAGCUGGUGCAGAUCACAGCCCACAAAGAUUCCACCCCGGCCCCAGUCUUAGUACUGCCCCCUACUGGUCAGACUGAUAACAUCUCAGUAGUAGGUGACACAGCUGGAGUGAUGGAGGAGAUGACUCCAACCAGUGACAGACUGACGGAAGAGCUGGAACGACAGAGAGUUUUGUUAGAGGAGAGCAGAAAGAGGCUAGAAGGAAUGAAAGCAGAGGGGCGAGGGGAACAGGUUGUGAGAGAAGGCCUGGCGCAGAUGGAGCGGAGACUGACAGAGCAGGUGGAGAAGCUAGGGCGGCGCCGUAGAGCAGCAAAGAAGGAUGGAAGGCCGCAGGGGGAGGGAGAGAUGGGGAGGAGAGGGGAGAAAGAGCGAUGGGGUCCUGAUGCCAAAGAAUGGCAGAAGGAGGGAAGACAGGAAUGGAGAGGAGAAAAGGAGUGGCAGAGUGGGAGAGAUGAAAAGGACUGGAGGAAAGGUAGAAAUGGUGAGAAAUAUAAUCGGAAUUCGUGGAAGAAGGAGGAGGGCAAGGAAUGGGGGGAGAGGAAAGAUUGGAAAGCAGGGAAUGAAGGAGAAAAUGGGAAGCCAUUGAAGCCGAGAGAGGAGAAAAGGAAGGACUGGCCCAAAGAUGGAGAACGAAAAAGGGACGGGUGGAAAGGAGAGCUAAAGAAUGGAGACUGGAAGCCCCAUAAAGAACAUCGUGGAGAGGGUGAACAGGCGAGCCGCCACGGGGAUGUCGGAGGCAGGAAGAAUCGGCACUGGCAGGGAGCAGCAGACAAGACGCCCCUCGAGCCGUCACACCGCCACCACGAGCACAACGACUACUGGAAACAGAAGAAGCAGAAGCUGAGGCACUACUACCGCCCCCUAGAGGGCUGUGAUGAUGUGGCCUCAUGUGCCAAGGCUGAGGGGCUGGACCCGGUGCAGUGGGCUGACUUCCAGGCUCUGCUGGAUGGCUAUCUGGAAAAGCUGGGAGAGGGCGAGUCCGCAGGCCAGGAGGAGAUCAGCACACUGGUCAGGGACUUCUUCCCAGAUGGGGUCUUCAGCCACGACAGGAUGUCAUUCCGAGACUUUGUGGAAGACGUGGCUGAGAUCCUGGAGGACAUGGCUGAGGGGCAGGGAAGUGAUGAGAUGGAGGAGGAGAUGGAGAAGUUCGAGAAGGAAGCGUUGAGGAAAUUCACGUCAGGUGACAUAGAGGAUGGAGGCGAGCUAAAGAGAGUAAACGUUAGAGUGCGGGGCUGAGUGAGGGUGGAGCCUGAGUGUGGUAAGGGGCAGGGUGAGGUUCCACAACAGGCACUGUCUGCAGGGUACUGCUCUGGGUGGCUGCUGUUUAUAUCUGAAGACCCUUCUCCAUGAGUUUUGAACAUCCCCACCAGCCUAAUGCAAUGUGCACCUACUGCAGUAAAAGGAUCUAUCUAGACGUCUUCUCCCCAAACUACCACAUUACCUAGGUGUGUCUCUUCAGAAGGGACUCUUGGCGUCAUGGGAAAGUUCGAGGGAUGCAUAUCCCAUAGACCCAGCCUGAGUGAAGCAAGCUUGGGGGUGGGGGGGGGAGUAUCAAGCGACAGGUUAUGUACAGGCUGGUACACAUCAACAACACCAAGAAGUGGCGUGCAUUUGAGUAAUGUGCGAUGGGGGGGCCUCGCUUUGUGUCCCGUGUCUAAUUUCACUUAGUGCCAAUGUAACACUGAUCUUAGCUGUUUGAAACUGUAAUAUGGGGGCUGUAUCCUGACCAUAGUCAGCACUGUAGAGUUUUGCUGUUCAAUUAGCCAGUGGGCUGUUCUACUGAGACUAUCUGCCUACGCACUUGCUAUUGUGUUUAGUGACAGUUUUUAUGUUUCAUGACGCUGUAAUAAAGUGUUCAGAUUUGGCUUUUUAGCACUUUUGUCACCCGCCAUAAAUAGCACAUCACGCCCUAUACAGUGAUCUGCUGUCUAGUCUGACUGUACACUUAACUUAAGCUCUUAGUCUCUCCUUGCAGUGUUGGGUGUGUGUGGUCGAGUUUUUCCACAUUAUUCUAAGCUAUAAUGUAUUUAAUAAAACUUACCUUUCAGAGGAAUGUGUUGUGCUAAAGUAAUGAAUGUUAUUACACUUUGCAAAUAUGUGGUAUGAUUAAAGGAAAAUAUAAGAUGUGGAAGAUAUUUUAAGCACUGUUUGUAUAGUGACUUAGUUUAUUUAGGUUUGUAAAAAUCUGAAUUAAAGUUUUAAUUUGUAAAAACUA